AAGAUAUUUCUCAUGUGCCUAUACCUAUUCUUGCAUCUUGUUUAACUUAAACAUGAAACAUUACAUUAUGAAAAAAUCCUAGCUUUUUCUUCUCUUUAAAGCUCGCUCACUCCUUAAAGAAUCCAACUUACUUAGUGUUUGGAGUUGGUUGCAUAUAUACAUAUAAGAGUUAUGUACCCUCACAAUCACAAAGUAUAUAGUUCAAACUUCAAAGAUUGAGUUGCCUGAUUUUGGAAGAAAAAGAAGAGAUUGUUCAUAGUAAAGGGAGAUUAAUGGGUGUUCCUAAUCAAAAUCAGAAUCAAAAUAAUCAUUUCUAUCCUCAAGAACUUCAAUUAAAACUAUACCAAGCUUUCAUAUUUUCAGUACCGAUUCUUUUCUCUAUAAUUCUUCUUCUCUUGUUUUAUCUCUUUUACCUCAAAAGAACUAGAGAUCAAGCAAGCAAUCAUCCCAGUUCACUUCCUACAACAAUUCAUAGUGCUCCAAGAAGUACCAAUAAUCAACCCACUUCAAUCCUUCCAUUCAUGUCAAUUGAUGUUGGUUUGAUCAAGGAAGAACUAAAGGAGAAGCUUCCAAUAGUCACAUUUGAUGAGAGCUUGAGAGACAAAGAUUCAUUAUGUUGCGUAUGUCUGGGAGAUUUUGAGCUCAGGGAGCAAUUGCAACAGAUACCGUCGUGCAAACAUGUGUUUCACGUUGAAUGUAUUCAUCAUUGGCUCCGGACUAACUCGACGUGUCCGCUGUGUCGGUGCUUCAUCCUUCCGGUUAAGAAGGCGGAUCCUGCAGUAGACCCUCCACUUCCACCGGUUUGAUCAUCGGAGCUAAAUUUUCAUAGUUACAGAAUGAAAAAAUGAAUAGUAUUAUGGCCAUUGAACCAUCAUUACCAGAAGCAAAUGCUGGGUUCUACAAGAUGGCCGGAAAAGUGCGCAUCUCCUGCUAUAUUUUUGCAAACGAGCAGUCUAUACACACAUGCAGCAUAUACAUAGAUGAAGCCUAGUAUUUCAUUUCUCAUUCAAACUUUGCCAUGUAUCACCCAAAUUCUCAAUGUUGUUCAUCACCGGUAUCGUUUUAAGUUUUCUGCGACCCGAAAUCUCAAUCAACAUCGGCAACCAGUGGCGGAGCUAGGACUGUAACAUAUUUUUCCUGGUUGCCGGAGUAACAUAUCUGCCUGGUUGCCGGAGCUAGGACUGUAAUAAAUUUGUCAGGUCAUCAUAUGACAGUAAAUUAUUUCAACAUUUCCUGCCAAACAA